AUGCAAAAUCUUGGUGAAUUACCCAAAGUGGUGUUUGUUUUAGGACCGCCAGGAUGUGGCAAAGGGACGCAAUGUAUAAAAUUAGCAAAGAAUCUAGGCUUGAAACAUUUGAGUGCUGGUGAAUUACUAAGAAACGAAAGAAAUCGUGAAGGCUCUCAAUAUGGGCAAAUUAUUGAAUCACAUAUCCGGAAUGGCACUAUUGUUCCGGUUGAAAUUACUUGUAAACUUCUCGAGAACGCAAUGAAUGAUUGCUUAUCUGCAAAAGCAUUCCUGAUUGAUGGCUUUCCACGGAAUCAGGAUAAUGUGGAAGGAUGGGAACAUGCAAUGCUUUCAAAAGCAAAAGUUUUAUUUGUUUUAUAUCUGCAUUGUCCAGAUGAUAUUUGUGUAAAAAGGUGCCUAAAUCGAAAUGAAGGGCGUUCGGAUGAUAACGAAGAAUCUUUACGUAAAAGGAUUAAAACAUACCAUACACAAACAAUGCCAAUCAUAGAAUAUUACAAGGCAAAAAAUCUUGUGCGGCAAGUGUCAGCAACGGCACCAGCAGAUGAGGUUUACGAAGAAGUGGAAAAAAUUUUUAAAAACUGUGGCAUUUAA